AAACGUCAAACGGCAAACGUCAGAAACGUGGUUUUUUUUUGUGGCUUGUGGUUUGUUGGAAGCAGGAGAAGUUAGACGUUGCUCUGUAACUUGUGAAAAUUCAGCGAAAAAAAUUCUCGAGCAAAAAAUAAAAACAGUUCGAGUACGCAACAUAUAAACGAGAUACGAUGGAGAAUCAAAGCAACGCAGCUCCCGCUGCUGCCGCCGCGGAGAAUGGCGCUAACACCGCGCAGGAGGUAUCAUCGACAACUCAGCCCGUGGAGCCCACAAAGCGCUCUUUGCGCGUGCAAACCUGGAAGAAGAUCCAGGAGGGCAAGGUGGGAAUUGGAUUUAACAACAUAUUCAACCGUAUUCCCGCAUUUGUCGAUGCCGAUAAGGCUGCUUCAUUGCUCAUCAAUGAGGAGGAAUUCAAAAAAGCACAGCACAUCAAGGUGAACAUCGAUCGCGCCUUGCACGACUUCAAAGAAAAGGCUUUGCUGGCCGAUAAGGCCGUUUACUUGCCCAGCACUCGUGAUUCGUCUGCGCUGUGCCUGAAGGUAGAUGUGCCUGCCGAUGCCACAGAAGAGCAGAAGAAGGAGGCGUUGCGCGUGCAGGACAUUCAGAAAUUCCGCUCGGAAAUCGCUCUGGACAGCGGCCUGAAGCUUGAUAUGGUCGUAAUCGGCUCAGUUGUUGUUUCGCGCGAGGGCUAUCGUAUUGGCCGUGGCAAUGGGUUCGCCGAUCUGGACAUUGGCCUGCUCAUCGAAUUGGGCGCCAUUACCCCACAAACAGUGAUUGUUACGAUCGUACAUGAUCUCCAGGUGUUGGACACAUUGCCUCUGAACCUGUUUCAGAAGUACGACACCCCAGUAGACAUCAUUGUUACGCCAACUGAGGUGAUCCGUGUCGCUAAGCGUUUGCCACGUCCCAGUGGCGUUUUCUGGGAGUUGUUGUCAGAUCGCCGUUUGAAGAUAUUGCCUGUUCUGCAACAGCUUAAGGAGCGCGAGGAGAAGGCCGGAAAGGCGAUUGCAUUGAAAGAGGAAGAUACCGAUGUGGAGCAGCAUCAAAACAACAGGCGCCGUGGUCGUGGUCCGCUGCGUCGUCGCUUCCAACGAGGAAACCCAGGACGCACCACCUCACAGACUGACAACGAGCAGCCAGGCCAGGAAACUACGCAGAAGCGUACUCCCCGGCGCAAGGGCCGCUUCGUUAACCGCCGCAGACGCGCAACUAAGUCUGAGGGCGAACAGUCUGGAGUUGAGGGAGGUGCUAAGAGUGAGGAUCGUAAGUUUGAUGAAGCUGGCGCUGGCGAGCGUCGUCCGAAGAAGAACAAGAAUCGCGGACCGCGUGAUUUCUGCAUUAAGUUGACAAAUUUGACCCGUGAUAUUCGCGUCAAGGACCUGAAAUCUGAGCUCCGCAAGCGCGAGUGCAACCCCAUGUCUAUUACAUGGAAGGGUCACUUUGGAAAGUGUUUCCUGUAUUUCGGAAACCGUAACGGAACUCCCAGUACCCAGGAUGACGUGGACAAGGUGAUGAAGUCACUUAACGAUCUAUCGCUGACCAUUACCACCGGUGGCGAGGCUGCCCCAGCAACCGCAGCGGGUGCUGAAGGUGAUGCCGCUGUGAAGACGGAGCCAGUGGAGUCUGCGGCGCCGGUUCAGACCAAGACAAUAAACGUCAACGUCGAAUUGAUCAAGUUUGGCGCCAAGAAGAGUGGAGGCUCCACUGCCGGCAAUGCUGGCGCUGUUGACGAUGGAAACGCUGCCGGCGAUGCGCAAAAUGGAAGUGAGGCCGGCAAUGUUGGUGGCGGGGAUGCGGGUGGCGCUCGCAUCGAAUCUGUGGACACCACCACAGUAUAGUAUGACACAACAGUCAGCUCAGCCACCCAAUGGUUGCGGCGGAAGUCCGCCGGCAGCAUAACGUUUGGAGUUCAUCGAAAAAAAGUAACAUUUUGUUUAGAGAAAAUCUAAAAAUAUCACACAAAAUAUGAAUACAACAGAAAAUGAGCUCCAAACACCAAAAACACACACUCACACCACACACACACACCAUACAGGCAUACAACCAUAGACACACAUACACACAUUCAGCUACACAUGCAUACACUGAAGAUCAUAUUUUGCAGCUUGUAGUUCUUCUCCUUCAUUAUUCUAACAAGAGCAAAAGCAACAUUUUCUAACUCAAAACCAUUGACGCUUUUUUAAACAAUUGCAUUUGUUUUUGCCUAAGAAAAAACAAAACGAAAAUUCGUUGAGCAACUUAACUGAAAUUUAAAUUAGUUACAAUCAUUGCAGAAAUACUCGUUCCACACACAGAGUGGAACAAAAUUUCUAUAAUAUAAUCGUUUACUAACUUGUUCCUGUGGCAGCCCACAGUCUAAGGUUAAUAAUCUACCUUUCCUAUAAAUUUCUCAUUUUCGUUUUCUUUCGCCCGUUUUGCAAUUAAUAUCCAGUGUUCCAUCACAAUUAAGCAGUUGAGCUGCUUUUUGUGUGGAACACUGUGGGUGAAGAUGAAAUAUUCUUAAUAUUUGUAAUAUUAAUCGCAAAAGCCCAAAUAAAACGAAAAAUCGUAAACGAAAAAUUGAAUUACAAAAAAAAAAAACUAUUAAAAUGUUGCAUUUUUGCUGCGAAAAUAAUUCAAACAAAAAAAUAUUGUAAUUUUGGUUAGUGUCUCCACAUUAACGAAACACCAAUACCCCUUAAUUAUAAAUUUUAACAAGAGAUCAACAGAAACAUGAAAACGGCAAUUAUACAAUGCAGAACAUAUUAUUUACUCUUUUUUAUACAAAGAAAAGGCGUUACAAAAAAAAUGUGAAACAUGA